AUGGUUGCCACGCUAGGCACGGGUGGCUCCAGCGGCGACAUCGGUGACGCGAGACGCGAGCUGCGAGGGUUGGCGGUCUACACGACGCUCCUCUCCUAUUCCCGCUUCCUCGUCUCCAUCGGCGGUCAAGAAACCUGCGUCAUCUUCCCGACGCUGAGCCUCGCCUUCGACAUCGGCCGAUGCCCGCAGUGCGCCGUCUCGCAGGAGUUCCUCUUCGUCUCUCACGGGCACCUCGACCACAUCGGGGGCCUUCCCAUGUAUGUGGAGCGGGGGCUCUUCAGGCUGCGUCCGCCCACCAUCUUCGUCCCAGCGUGCCUCUGGGACCUCGUGGAGCGGCUAUUUGAGGUGCAUCGCCGCGCCAUGGACCAGUCUGAGCUCAACCACAACCUGGUCCCCCUGGAGGUCAGGGAGGAGUACGAGCUCAGGAGGGACCUCAAGGUCAGGGCUUUCAGGACCUAUCACGCCAUACCCAGCCAGGGGUAUGUGAUAUACUCGGUGAAGCAGAAGCUUAAGCAGGAGUUCAUUGGCCUACCAGGGAGCGAGAUCAAGCGGCUCAAGCUAUCAGGUGUGGAGGUCUGUCUGGCUUGCAUGGUUUAG